CAACAUCUAUCAACAUUGCGAUUAAACAAUACUAACUCAACGAAGAAUGCGCAUUCUGUGGAAACAAUGGUUAAGCAAGCGCCGGAAAAAAAAUAUUUUAUCAACACUUCUCAAUGUCGUGUGCCAUAUGUAGAUCCCUUCGAAGAGGGAGUGAAAAAGAUCUUCAAUCCGAAAAAAUUCAAGUACACAAACUGCACUAACGACGAAGCACUCAUUACGUCCAACUAUCAGCUGAAUAUACGUCAAUACUUUCUUCAUAUGAAUAUGCCGGCUAUCGAACGUGCAGCAAAAAAUCGAAAUGCCAGCGCUUCGGAUAUCCGCUGCUGUUAUCGACAAAUUGUGCGUUUUAGGGAUAAUGACGACGCAUACAACAUACUUCCUUGCUCAAUUAUCCAUCAAGACUUUGUGGUACCACAGCACAUAGACUUUAUCAUCACGGAAUGCUACAUAGGCAACAAUACCGGAAAACCAAUCCAAAAGGACGCCUUUUCAUUCAUACAACAACAGAAUGUUGCACUAACAAACUCGAGUAAUGUACCCGCCAAAACCUUCUAUUUGAAGUCAAGGAAGCCUAAUGUUCUGCUUUUGGGUAUUGACAGUCUUUCGCGAAUAAAUUUUCGGCGAACCAUGCCAGAGACAUUUAAAUACAUGCAAAGCAAUCGUUGGUUUGAAUUGCAAGGUUUUAAUAAGAUUGGUGACAAUACGUUUCCAAAUCUAAUGGCUCUACUUACGUCGUACAAUCCAUCCACUGCUUAUGAUAAAUGUAAACCAAAAUCUGAAGGCGGUCUGAAUAAACCAAUUUGUAAUCUAAUUUGGAAUAAUUUUAAAGAGUACGGCUACAAAACAGCUUAUGCAGAAGACGAACGCUCGAUGAGUACGUUUAAUUAUCUAAAGAAAGGAUUUGUGCAACCGCCAACGGAUUAUUAUUUACGGCCCAUGUUCAUGGCCAUUUCAAAAAAUAUGGUCGUAAAAAAACGAUCAGGCCUAUCAUAUUGUAUCGGUCGCAAGCAUUCUGGCGAAUACGUUUUUGAUUACGCAUUGCAAUUUGCAAAUGCUCUACCUGCAGAUCCGCUCUUCGGACUAUUCUGGACAAAUUCAUUCAGUCACAACUCUUUCGAUACGACAGCAACAAUGGAUGUGAAGAUUUUAGAAUAUCUUAAGGAAAUGAAGAGCGCUGGCAUACUGGAGCGUUCAAUUGUGUUAUUUUUUGGUGACCAUGGAAGUCGUUGGGGUCCAUUGCUUGGAUUAAAAUCCGGAUUCUUAGAAGAACGUUUGCCGAUGAUGUUUAUAUCACUGCCAAUGUGGUACCGAAACGAACAUCCCGAGUUCGUAGAAGCUUUGCAAAUAAAUCAAAAUCGUUUAACUACGCCCUAUGAUAUCUAUGCGACAAUGAAGCAUAUACUUGAAGAGACAAAUCGGGAAAAAGAGUUUCCAUACCUCAAUGGCACAGUGAGGGGGCUAAGUAUUUUUCGAGAAAUACCCGAGAAUCGUACUUGUGAAGAGGCCGGUAUCACUGAGCACUGGUGCACUUGUGUGGCAUAUGAAACUGUACGUACCAGCGAUGCUACGGCAAAAAUUGUAACAAAAUUGGUUAUACAGGAAAUUAACCAAUACCUUGAGGAUAAAAACAUUAGUAGCAAAUGCAGUCCACUAACUUUGAAGAGCUUGAAGAAGGUUGACAAGAAAUUAUUUGAUUUACCAAAUCGGUCUACAUAUAGAUUAGAUUUCACAGCAAAACCGAAAGAUCCACAAUUUCAAGCAACAGCUGAUUAUGAUAAUAUUUCAAAAACAAUUACCAUAAAUGUGGAAGAAAUAUCUCGUCAAAAUAAAUAUGAAGGAAUGUCUGAUUGCAUUGAUCUAAAGGAAGCGAAGAAGUUUUGUAUUUGCACAGACAAAUCUUAGUGUUUGUUCAUACUAUUUAAGAGUGAUAUGCCCCCCGGUAGCGGGUACAAAAUGAGAAUGAUAUUUAAAAAAGAGUUUGCAUAAAAAGUGAUUUCUUUGCAGAAGCAAUUUUAUUACUGUUAAUGCAACCUCAAUUUUCGCACGGAAUGAAAGCAUGAAAUUCUUUUAGAAUUAGAUCCGGUUACUUCCAGCGUUUCCGGGUUCCGAACAUAAUAAUUGCACCAAGAACAAUGACAAAAUCGACCACUUUUUCACAUUUUGGGGCAAGACAACAAAAAAUACAACUUAAUUUUCAACGAACUACUUGCAUUUAAGCAUUACUACUUUUUGGAAAUUUAUUCCAAACGGCAACACCAAAGCUCUGGUGUAAGUGAAUAUAGUGAACAUAGCUUCCAGAAAUAAAUGGUAAGGAUAAGGUUUACAGACUGGCUUUGGAUAAAGUUCAUAUACUCUUCUCGAUAUUUCAUAAUUAAAAUAGUCUCGUGACCAAAAUAUAUGUACAUACAUACGUGAACCAAGUGAA